AUGAUCUUCACUCGUCUUGCUCUUUUCGCUCUUCCAAUCCUUGGACUUGCCUCGCCAGUUGUAAAGGAAGAUGACAAGGCUCUUUCCAAACGUGGUGAUACAACUAUUGAUGUACUGAACGGUCUCAAUGUCAAUAUUGACAACAUCAUCAGCCAAGUCGGUACGAUCGACACCAACAACGUCAACGUCGACCAAAUCUCCACUGCUCUCACUGCCAUCGUCAGCGCUCUUAGCCAAGCGACCACUGCCGUUUCUACCUCUACCGCUAAACGCGCUUUGAUGGGUGAUUUCGAGAAGAGGGACGAUCUUCAAGAAGCCGGUACAGUUUUGGCUGCUAUCAUCACCAAGGUCCUUCAAUUCGUCGAACAGCUUCUUCCGAUCCUUGACCAAUUCCCUUUACUCGGCUCCCUCGUCGCUAGCAUCCAAACCGGUUUAGUCACCCUUCUCAAAGGUGUUGAUCUCGUUCUCGUCGGGGUCGUACAGGUUGUGUCUGGUUUGCUCUCGGGUUUAUCGGGAUUGCUUACCUCGCUCCAAUUUGGUCUCCUCGCCGGUCUUCUUGGGCUUUAA